AUGGCGGAAACUCAGAGUUUGCCAAUUAUUGAAGAAGAGAGGGAAAUAGACGAAGAUUUCUACGAGAAGAUUGAAGCACCUAAGUUCGUGGACUUCACCGCACCUGAUAAUCGCCGCCCUGACGAUGACCGCCACUGGUUCUGCUUCCGCGUUGGAUGUGACCAAAAUCAUGAACAAGACUUGGACUCUGAAGCAAUUUACAAAAACUUUGUUCUUCGGGUUAUGGCAGCUAGAAGUCCAAAUGUGCGUCUCAGAAAAGUGUUUAACACAAGAGAAGCGAGUGCAAAUUUGAAGUGUCCCCGAACAGCUCCUGCAAAGUCAAAGUCAAGGGUCUCCAGGUUGGCCUUGGUUUCCUCCUUGUCACAACACAAGAUCACUGAUAACAGCGUGAAGGUUGCUAAACCUCUUUCCAAGGUUGCUGCAACCCCAAAUGCUAAGGUGAAGCAAGCACCUUCUGUGGCCAAGGCCUUGACUACUCCGAGGAAUCAGAAGAAGGUUUCCAAUAUUGAACAAUUUAGAAGCGUUCAGGGCAAGAAACCAACGGCUGUUGUUGUGCCUAAGGGAAGAGUGGUGGCAAAGGCUUUGGUUUUUCAUUCACCAAAGAAGUUGGUAAAGACCAAGAGUUCUGUAGAAUUAAAGACACCUAUGAGAGCAUUGUGUUCAGCAAUGAAGAAGCUUGAACUCAAUGGAGCAAAGAAGAAUGGAGAAGGAGGUAACAGCUCAUUGUCAGUAGCUGGAUCCAGAAAGCAAUUCAAGGGUCGAGAGGUUAAGAGCCGUGUGUUUGAUUCCUUGUGUUCUACUAAUCGCAAGGGAUCUGAAACUAAUACUGUGAGAUGUUUGAAGGAGACGAAGGUUAAAGGCAUGCUUAAAAGACAGGCAAAUGUGGCUCAUGAAAAUGAGUCCAGUGACAUGGAGAUAGAUGAAAAAUCAAGGUCUGGUUCUCUAGAAAGAUGCCAUGAAUCAGGAAAUUCAGGAAGUGUUAGUGAACUGUCUCUGGGAGCUGAAAAGUCCCAAGAACCAAUAAGCGGAAAGAGUUCAGUUCUAAUUUUAUCAGAAGCUCCUAGAGGUGGCAUUACCUCACUCUCUAUGUCAAGUUCAAACGAAGAGAACAAGACUACAGAAGGGAAUGAAAUUGAAGAGAGAAGGAACUCGGUUUCAGAUAAGGGAAAAGUUCCUGAAGCCAAAAAGAGAAAGGCUGAAGAAAAUUCAAUGGCUUCUGAUGACAAAGAAAAUCAUAGGCAACUCAAUGAGAACGAUGACAAGGAAAAUGCUUCAGCCUCUGAUGAGAACAUAGUGAUGAGUACCAAUAAUGAAGACCGGAAAAAGGCUAUUAUUGGGAGCAAGCAUGAGGAUUCGAGGAAAAUACACAAGAAAUCUUCAUUGAUCUCAGCUGCUUCUCAUGCUGUAAAAUACAGAAAAUUAAAGCCCACAAAUCCUAAGCCCUUCAAGCUGAGAACCGACGAAAGGGGAAUUCUAAAAGAAGCAAAUUUGGAUAAAGGGAUUCCCUCACCCUUGAAAGAAACCACGGUGAGGAAACAUCAGGCUGUAAACAGAAAGAAAAGUGAAACUUGUUCUGCACAAAGUGAACAAGACACUGAUAAUUAUAGCAGCUGUGAUGAGAAAUCAAACCAAGCCCAAGAAAACCAAUCUGGGAGUAUUCAAAGUGACAAAACCAACUGCAAGGUGCUACGUAAAUUAUCAGCCACAACGCCUCAGAGAAAUCCUGGUACUAAACUUCAGAAACCCAUUGAGCUGGAUGACAACUGUAAAAGAAAAUCCCAAAUGAUGCAACGUAAAGUUGUGAGGCCUCGAAAUGCUUUGUCAAGGAAGAAAGAAAAAGUUGUCGUUGCAACAAAACUUAGUGUUAUCAUUGAAAAGCCGUUAGACAUUGUGAAGAAGCCAAAAGAAGCAGCAAAGCCACGUAAAAAUGACGUUGCUUCACUAACAAGUAAAACUACGGGUUCAACUUCUAGGUUCUAUUCACGAGAAAGAAGGCCAUUAACUGUUCCUAAGGAACCAAAGUUUCAGUGUCUCCAUGUACCGAAGGGCUGCACCACAAGGAAACAGACUUAGUCUUUCUUGGGAGGGGUGGAGGUUUGUUCAAUAUUAUCAUUGAAUUUUAUAGGUGUGUUUGUUGUAAUUUACGAGAGAUAGAUGAUUCAUUUGUACAAGACUUUAUUGGCCUCAGUUUGUUUGAUUUUGUGUAAUAACAUGAUUUGAUUCUUUUUGG